AUGUUGAAGUCCUGCCGUAUUUCAGGUGACAUGUUCCUGCUGCGGAGGUACUCAGGGUCGCUCUCAUCCACCCGGUCAAAGUACCUCUCCUUGGAGUCUGUGCUGGAUAGGGACAGGGUCAUGGACCCAACAGCCUGUCUGAUCUCCACCAAACUCAUACUGUCCAAAUCUUCAGGAUCGCCUCACUCUCUCUGGUCCUCACCUGCUACACUGCAGGACAGCUGGCUCUGGGAAUCUGUUUUAUCAAACGUCAAAUUUCGAAGUUGUUGCAAACUUCAAAUUUCGAAGUGUUUAAGGUUAAGUUUAGGCAAUAACUCCGAAAUCUUAACGUUAGGCAUUAACUCUGAAAGGUUAAGGUAAGGGUAUUAAAAACAAACAAAAAAACAAAACAUGUAUGCACUCACCAACUGUAAGUCGCUCUGGAUAAGAGCGUCUGCUAAAAUGACUAAAAUGUAAAAAAUGGUUAAGGUUUGGGAUAGGCUUAAAACAAAAAUCUCAAAAACGACUUUCUAUCGCUGGAUUCGAACUUGCAACCUUUGGUGUCUUUGAAUAGGGCUUACCCAUCCACCAUCCCCAUCCACAAUGCCCUAGCAAAACCGAAACCUACUUGAAGGUAACAGCGCUCACUGUUGCCUCUAGUGGCCGGUUUACACGUCCUCUGCCGACGUCCUCAGGCAUGGGUGGAUGUCGAAUACUGACUUGUAUCACGGGUGACCUGGCUGGUCAAAACGGCCUUAAUCUGGGGAAAAUCUGAGCCAUUAAAAACCACUUAAAUGGGCAGUUUGCUUUGGCAUUAUAGUUUGUUUGAACUACAUAUGACUGUUUUGUAAACACACUUUACGUUUGGCCUUGCAAUAGGUACUCUUCAGUGAGGUAAUACUUUUUUGACUCUGAUUAUUGGUGCGUACUUGAAAUGAUCUUGACAUCAUUUUUUUAUAUUUUUUAUACAGAGAGGAUAUCCGCUGUCUAAAUUACUGAUGAGCUUUUAGUGAACUAAACGUCUGCCUCCUCCAUCCCUCCCUCUGAAUAGGGCUCAUUCUCUUGUUAAAGGUAUUCCUUUUUCAUGGAGGCUGAUCAAUAUAAAACAUUAAUCCUGCUGUUCGGGACGACGCGUCAUCUGGCUGUGAUGAAUGAACUAACACAGCCUUAUUAAGCGCAGUAGUUCGUAUAGGAAGAGUAAAAUCAAGGAGAUAGAAAGAGGUAGAGGGAGAUCUGAGAGAGGAGACUGAGGAGCGAGGCAGGAGAAUGAAAUUAGUACGCAGAAUAGAGAUCGCCUCAUGAGAGAGGUCUGUCUUCUAGGCUCUACCUCUUCUAUCUACUAGAUAUCAUGCUAUUCUUCUCUCUCCUCUCUCUCCUCUCUUCUUUUUACUGUCUCUCUCUCUUCAUUCUUCUCUCGAUUAUUCUCUAUUAUUCCUUUUCUUCUCUUCUUCUCUCUUAUUUCUCCUUUUUCUCUCUCAUUUUCUCUCUGCUCGUUCUGUUCUUCUUAUCGUCGGUUUUCUCUCUCCUUACCCUCUCCGCUUCUCCUAUUUUACUACUCUCCUGUCUUGCUCCCCUCUCCUCUCCUCUCCUCUCCUCUCCAGAUCCUGACCUACACAGAGGGCCUCCAUGGUAAAUGGCUGUUCACAGAGAUCAGGGCUGUCUUCUCCAGACGUUACUUGCUGCAGAACACUGCUCUGGAGAUCUUCAUGGCCAACAGAAGUAAGACCCACCUCCAGCCUGUUUUAUUCUAGUACUAUUCAGUAGAAUCUCAACCCUUAAAUUAUGAUAUGAGUUUGGAUUUUAAUCUGAAAGGCAAAUGUGUGAACAGUAUCUUUGCCAAGAUCUUUUUGAAAGAGUACAGGUUUGAUGUUGGGAUUCAUUUCUAUAUUAUUUUGAAUGUAAAGCUAUUCCAUUAUAUGUGGAAACCAAGCCAUGGUUUGACAGAACUUGUUUGUCUUCCUGUGUAGCUGCAGUCAUGUUCAACUUCCCAGAUGCAGCCACGGUCAAGAAGGUGGUCCAAUGCCUCCCUCGCGUGGGGGUGGGCACCAACUUUGGCCUCCCACAGACCAGGUCAGUCUUUCUCUAUCUCUCGCCCUCUCUCUUCUCUCUCUCUCUUUCUCUCUAUCUCUCUAUCUCACUGUCUAUUUCUCUCCAUAUUUCUCUACUUUUCUGCAGUGGAGGGUUGGUAUGUGUUCGUCCCCACUUUGUCUCUUGUCAGUUGACACUAAACACUUGUUGGGCUUAGCGUGUAACACUGGCAUUUCACGUGUCACACCGUCACGCUUCAGUACGGUCUGAGAAAACCACCACAGAAAGAGUGGAAAAGAAAGAAAGAGAGAGAGGGAAAGAAUGAAAAAUUAAGAGAAAAAGAAACUGAGAAAGUUCAAAAAGAAACAGAGGCUAAUUGGACACACACACACACCGUCCAAGGUAUAGAGUGGGCAUACCCUCCCUCCCCUCCAACUAUCUCCCCACUCCCUUCUCCUCUUGUCUAGCGUAAUUGACUUCACACAAACACAGUCCAGAUCAUUUAUUUAUCUCCCUCUCUGAGAACUAGAUAGCAGGGUGGCCAGAGCAGGCCAGAACACAUACACCUUCCCUCUGGUAGGAGUGUUGCAUGUUGUUAUGAGUCUACGUCUGCAGCACCCUACCAUAGCCAAGUCCAGCCAGUCCACUGCGCUGUCAUGGCUGUAGCCAAGCCAAAGACUGAAUGGAAAUUGAGAAAUGUCCAAGAAAAUUCCCAAGGAGGAUCCCAGUGUUUUGCUGCAUAGUUGGCGUCUUCGGUAAUGCACAAUCAGGGUCCCUAGGAAGUGUGGAGAUGAUAGUGAUCAUCCAUUUUGUAACCCAUGAGAGAGUGUUGAAAUGUGUGAUUGCGUGUAUCUGUUUGUGUGUGUGUGCGUGCGUGCGUGUAUAAGAGAGAGAGUGUGUGUGUGUGUGUGUGUGUCAGUCCCAUUAAUCAACAUGGUGUAGCUCGGCCGGGGGCACCGUGUCUCUUUGACCUGGAGACAGCUGUACAGCCCAGUCCUGCUCUCACACCAACACACCAUCACUACUCCCUCGGCAUGACAUUAUACAGCCUCUACCACAACCUACAGUACCUCUACCUCACACUAUAAUGUUUACCACGGCCUACAGUACCUCUACCUCACACUAUAAUGUUUACCACAGCCUACAGUACCUCUACCUCACACUAUAAUGUUUACCACAGCCUACAGUACCUCUACCUCACACUAUAUUACCACCUACAACUCUACUACUAUGUUUACCACAGCCUACAGUACCUCUACCUCACACUAUAAUGUUUACCACAGCCUACAGUACCUCUACCUCACACUAUAAUGUUUACCACAACCUACAGUACCUCUACCUCACACUAUAAUGUUUACCACAGCCUACAGUACCUCUACCUCACACUAUAAUGUUUACCACAGCCUACAGUACCUCUACCUCACACUAUAAUGUUUACCACAGCCUACAGUACCUCUACCUCACACUAUAAUGUUUACCACAGCCUACAGUACCUCUACCUCACACUAUAAUGUUUACCACAACCUACAGUACCUCUACCUCACACUAUAAUGUUUACCACAGCCUACAGUACCUCUACCUCACACUAUAACACUAACUGUUUACCAAACCUACAGUACCUCUACCCUCACACUAUAAUGUUUACCCACAGCCCUACAGUACCUCUAACCCACACUAUAAUGUUUACCACAACCUACAGUACCUCUACCUCACACUAUAAUGUUUACCCACAGCUACAGUACUCUUACACUAACACUAUAAUGUUUACCACAACCUACAGUACCUCUACCUCACAACUAUAAUGUUUACACAGCCUACAGUACCUCUACCUCACACUAUAAUGUUUACCACAGGCCCUACAGUACCUUACCCUCACACUAUAAUGUUUACCACAAGCCUACAGUACCUCUACCUCACACUAUAAUGGUUUACCCACAGCCUACAGUACCCUCUACCUCCACACUAUAAUGUUUACCACAAGCCUACAGUAACCCUACCUCACACUAUAAUGUUUACCACAGCCUACAGUACCUCUACCUCACACUAUAAUGUUUACCACAACCUACAGUACCUCUACCUCACACUAUAAUGUUUACCACAGCCUACAGUACCUCUACCUCACACAUAAUGUUUACCACAACCCUACAGUACCUCUACCUCACACUAUAAUGUUUACCACAACCUACAGUACCUCUACCUCACACUAUAAUGUUUACCACAACCUACAGUACCUCUACCUCACACUAUAAUGUUUACCACAGCCUACAGUACCUCUACCUCACACUAUAAUGUUUACCACAGCCUACAGUACCUCUACCUCACACUAUAAUGUUUACCACAGCCUACAGUACCUCUACCUCACACUAUGUUUACCACAGCCUACAGUACCUCUACCUCACACUAUAAUGUUUGCCACAGCCUCACAUCCACACCAGUGUUGCAAAAACAUUAGCCUAACAUUCAGACAGUUUUCUUUAGGUAUAUAGACUACCUAGGCUUCACCCCAACCUCUCUUCCACUAUACGUUAAUGUCUCAAAAACCUUGGACCUAACAUUCAGACAGCAUCUUAGGUACCUAUAAAGAAACGAGAUCACCCUAGCAUUUGUUCUCUGGCCUAACCUUCAUAUGGGUUAGCAUUUUAGCUGCCUUGUGUACAAUUCAGAGAUGUUGCCCUAACGUUUGUUCAGUGUUUUGGAGCUAUAAACUGGGAGUUGUAAAGGGGUGAUUGUGACUUUCUGCUGGCCUAAUGACUAUAAUCUCACACUGUGACAGUGAUUAAUUCCAUAAUUUGACUUUGUUUUAAUUGGAUUGGGGGUCAUUUGUUUAAGUCCCCCAGCAUAAGUCAUGCUCCGGGUGCCUGCGAGUGUGUGUGUGUAUGUGUGUGCUGCGGGGGGGAUCAGUGUGUGUGUGUGUGUGUGCUGCGGGGGGGAUCAGUGUGUGUGUGUGUAUGUGUGUGCUGCGGGGGGGGGGAUCAGUGUGUGUGUGUAUGUGUGUGCUGAGGGGGGGGGAUCAGUGUAUGUGUGUGCUGCGGGGGGGAUCAGUGUGGUAUGUGUGUGCUGCGGUGGGGAUCAGUGUGUGUAUGUGUGCUGCGGGGGGGGAUCAGUGUGUGUGUGUACGUGUGGCUGCAGGGGGGGGGGGGGAUCAGUGUGUGUGUGUAGUUGUGUGCUGCGGGGGGGGAUCAGUGUGUGUGUGUAUGUGUGUGCUGCGGGGGGGGGGGGGAUCAGUGUGUGUGUGUAUGUGUGUGCUGCGGGGGGGGAUCAGUGUGUGUGUGUGUGUGUGUGCGGGGGGAUCAGUGUGUGUGUGUGGUGGGGGGGGGAUCAGUGUGUGUGUGAUGUGUAUGUGUGUGCUGCGGGGGGGGAUCAGUGUGUGUGUGGUGUGUAUGUGUGUGCUGCGGGGGGGGAUCAGUGUGUGUGUUGUGUUGUGUGUGCUGGGGGGGGAUCAGUGUGGUGUGUAUGUGUGUGCUGCGGGGGGGGAUCAGUGUGUGUGUGUGUGGGGGGGAUCAGUGUGUGUGUGUAUGGUGUGCUGCGGGGGGGGGAUCAGUGUGUGUGUGUGUGUGUGCUGCGGGGGGGGGGAUCAGUGUGUAGUGUGUGUGUGUGCUGGGGGGGGGACAGGUGGGUGCUGCGGGGGAUGGGGAUCGUGUGUGUGUGUGGUGAUAUGUGUGGUGUUGUGGGCGGGGGGGAUCAGUGUGUGUGUGUAUGUGUGUGUGGCUGCGGGGGGGGAUCAGUGUGUGUGUGUAUGUGUGUGUGCGGGGGGGGAUCAGUGUGUGUGUGUAUGUGUGUGCUGCGGGGGGGAUCAGUGUGUGUGUGUAUGUGUGUGCUGCGGGGGGGGAUCAGUGUGUAUGUGUGUGCUGCGGGGGGGAUCAGUGUGUGUGUGUGUAUGUGUGUGCUGCGGGGGGGGAUCAGUGUGUGUGUGUAUGUGUGUGCUGCGGGGGGGGAUCAGUGUGUGUGUGUAUGUGUGUGCUGCGGGGGGGGGAUCAGUGUGUGUGUGUAUGUGUGUGGGUGGAUCAGUGUGUGUGUGUGUGUGUGCUGCGGGGGGGAUCAGUGUGUGUGUGUGUGUGUGUGCUGCGGGGGGGAUCAGUGUGUGUGUGUAUGUGUGUGAAGAAGAAAUAACCCUACUCAUUGCACAUUUUUCUUUUUAAUUUACUGAGCCUAAAUAUCAAUAACUAUCUAAUAUUAGAACAUUUGCAUUUAGAGACUUUACUAAGGCCUACGGCCUUGGUCUGAAUCAGUGUUAGUAUUGAAGUGGGAAAUCUUGAAAGCACACCAAUCCUCUGGUAUGAUUAUGUUAUGUUUUCAUAAUUCACAGUGGGUCUGAAAGGUUUUUCUUUGAAGAUGUUGUCAAUGUCUUGGGGUCAAAAUAUCUUAUUUGCCAGUACUUAUGGACUCAUAUACAGUCCAGAAUCUAACCAGAGAGCCCAGAAUCUAACCAGAGAGCCCAGCAUCUAACCAGAGAGCCUGGAAUCUAACCAGAGAGCCCAGUAUCUAACCAGAGAGCCCAGCAUCUAACCAGAGAGCCCAGUAUCUAACCAGAGAGCCCAGUAUCUAACAGAGAGCCAGUAUCUAACCAGAGAGUCCAGUAUCUAACCAGAGAGUCCAGUAUCUAACCAGAGAGCCCAGUAUCUAACCAGAGAGUCCAGUAUCUAACCAGAGAGCCCAGAAUCUAACCAGACAGUCCAGUAUCUAACCAGAGAGUCCAGUAUCUAACCAGAAGCCCAGUAUCUAACCAGAGAGCAGAUCUACGAGAGCCAGCAUCUAACCAGAGAGCCCAGCAUCUAACCAGAGAGCCCAGCAUCUAACCAGAGAGCCCAGCAUCUAACCAGAGAGCCCAGCAUCUAACCAGAGAGCCCAGCAUCUAACCAGAGAGCCCAGCAUCUAACCAGAGAGCCCAGCAUCUAACCAGAGAGCCCAGUAUCUAACCAGAGAGCCCAGUAUCUAACCAGAGAGUCCAGUAUCUAACCAGAGAGUCCAGUAUCUAACCAAGAGCCCAGUAACUUAACCAGAGAGCCCAGUAUCUAACCAGAGAGUCCAGUAUUAACCAGAGAGCCAGUAUCUAACCAGAGAGCCCAGUAAUCUAACCCAGGGCAGCCCAGUAUCUAACCAGAGAGCCCAGAAAUCUAACCCAGAGAGCCCAGAAUCUUAACCAGAGCCCAGUAUCUAACCAGAGAGCCCAGUAUCUAAACCAGAGAGCCCAGUACUAACCAGAGAGUCCAGUAUCUAACCAGAGAGUCCAGAUCUAACCAGAGAGCCCAUUAUCUAACCAGAGAGCCCAGUAUCUAACCAGAGAGCCCAGUAUCUAACCAGAGAGCCCAGUAUCUAACCAGAGAGCCCAGUAUCUAACCAGAGAGCCCAGUAUCUAACCAGAGAGCCCAGUAUCUAACCAGAGAGCCCAGAAUCUAACCAGAGAGCCCAGUAUCUAACCAGACGGUGUGUGUUCUCCCUCCUCCAGGCGUAUCUCCCAGGCCAGUCCCAAGCAGCUCUACAAGGCCUCCAACAUGACCCAGCGCUGGCAGCGCAGAGAGAUCUCCAACUUUGAGUACCUCAUCUUCCUCAACACCAUCUCUGGUAAGACCAGUGUUACCACACUAUCACUGGACUGUCACCAUAGGGAAUGACAACGCACCCAGCUAUUAUGAACAUAUGUGGUCAAUGAUGUAAAUGUUGUAAACUCUGUUUGGCCAACAUGGUUUCCUCCUCUUACUUCAUAUUCUUCAGAGUUAGCAAAAAUACAUUGGAAAAGAGAGUUUGGUGUUUAGACAUUUAGAUUACUAGACAUGUUCAGUGAUAGAAGUUUGAUGAUGAUGUUGACUAAUUUGAGACUGUUGUGACUGUCCUCCUAUGUCUCCCUCCCUUCCUCCCUCCCUCCCUCCCUCCAGGCCGUACCUACAACGACCUGAACCAGUACCCUGUCUUCCCCUGGGUCAUCACAAACUACGACACUGAAGACCUGGAUCUCACCCUGCCCAGCAACUACAGAGACCUGUCCAAGGUAACACACACACGCGCUCUUAGGAAGAAAGAGACGCGUUGCUGUAGACAUGUUCUCUGUCACUAGCUUAGUCAGCACUGAUAGAAAGUCCUAUAAGGUUAUAGGCUAUGAGGGAGUAUGUAGGGGAAUUGUGGGUGGAAUGGUUAGCAGGCUGUUUGUUAAUCACUGCCCACUCCCCUGGCCUGAUUAGUGGCUGUGUAACACACACAGCUGAUUAGUGGCUGUGUAAUUGCGAUUGAUCAUAGUUUAGUGAGACGCCUCUUUAAUCACUGGGGGCUGAUAGCCAUCUCUGUACAACACACAGCCGAGAGGAAAGAACAUCUUCUCUCUCUCUCUCUCUCUCUCUCUCUCUCUCUCUCUCUCUCUCUCUCUCUCUCUCUCUCUCUCUCUCUCUCUCUCUUCUCUCUCUGUCUCUCUCUGUCUCUCUCUCUCUCUCUCUUCUAUCUCUCUCUCUCUAUCUCCUCACCCUCUCUCUCUAUCUCCUCACCCUCUCUCGCUAUCUCCUCACCCUCUCUCUCUCUCUUCUCUCUCUCUCUCUCUCUCUCUCUCUCUCUCUCUCUAUCUCCUCACCCUCUUUUUGUCUCUCUUUCUUCACUGGCUAAAGGCGUCCGUGUACAUAGAUACGGUUUGCUCCUAGCAGAACUCGGCUAGCCGAAGUGAACGUCUGUGCUCGCAUACUACCUUAAAAUACAUUUGGCUUGAAAAAAGCGGCAAAGAGUUUGUCCCUCUUGAGAUGCAGUAGCCAGUACACUUCCUCAAAAGAGUCAGAAUUAAUCUAAGAUAACUCAAGAAAUCUGUAAUUCAUUUUGAUGUUUUUGCAGAGGAGGUCCUUUUUUCAUCUAACUAAGAUGUUUGGUGAAGUAUUUCAGGAGAAUGUAAAUUUUUUUUGAACUAGUCUGUCGUUGAAUGACAACAAACACUUAAUUGAAGAAUGCCUGCUGUUGACCUUUUCACCUCACGAAGUGGCGUAGACUUCGGAUACCGAACUUCGACAAGCCCCCCCCAAAAAAAAAUGUGUGCGCUUGAACAGCCCCCCCCACACACACAUACACACACAAAAAAAGCAGAAUGCUGUCGAACACCAAAAUGUCACAAAAACUUCACAAAAUGUCGUCAUAAUAUAUGCGCGAAGUGUUUCAACUAGGAAGCAUAAGGUAAGGUUAAAGGGGUACUCUUAGAUGGUAUCACUUCUUACAUACCUAUAGAGGAAGUAAUGUAAUACCAAGACUCCAUUUUGUAUUUGACCUGGACAGAAGUCUAAAAUUGCAUUUUCUCUUUCAUGUGCAAAACUCCAUUAUUUACUAAUUUAAGUCACAGUCUCAAGUCCCCUUCUGACGCUCCCUCUGAAGUAAAGGAAUGCUCUCUAGUAACCCCGCUCCAUACUGAUGAUUAAGCUUAGAACAAUGGAAGAUGUCUUUCUCUCCUCUCCUUACGCUUUUAAAACACACACACAACACACACACACACACACUUUUAAAAGGCCCAUUUCCAAAGCCUGCCAGUCGCAGAGGCCCCAGAACGGCCAUUAAUUGUGUGUAAUGGCGCCCAAUGGUGGGAGGACAGAGGAUUACUUUGAGAGUGAGAUGAUGGAGCGCCCGUGUCUGGCUUAAGCCAAAAUGGCCGAAUAAAUCAGCCAGACCACAGGAAACAACAGGCAUGUGCAGUAAUGGACAGGCAGGGUAUACCUGGGAAGUAAUGCACUCUACAGCCACACAGAGACGGCCAUUCACUUAUAAUGGUGCAUCUGGCCUAAGUCUGCCCUGGCUGGCAAAGGAUUCUGAGGCAGUGGUGGAAUGCAGAAGCAUCCAUCUUGCUAUGACUGAGGAUGGAUUCAGCUGGAGUUAAUGCAUGCUCUCUUGAAAAGACUUCUCUGGCCUUUUUGUGAACUGUCAUUGCCAUAACUGCUUCUCGACUUGCAUACACGCCCACACACUCACACUCAUACACUCAUCCUGUCGUACACAUCAACACCGCCCUCCAAGCAGUCCUCCUUUGACCAGUCCUCCCAUCACCGUUUCUCUCUCUCUACCUCCCUAGUGUGGUGUUUCCCACCAUGCGGCUGUGUACCCCUCCCCCCUCGCUCUGUUUAUUUGGGCUUCAUUUUGCCCACUAGGCUGACACAUGACAGCCAUAGCUGCCUCUCUCACCUCCUCCCUCCCCCCCCCCCCCCCCUUCCUCCAGAGUUUGGACAGCUCAGCCUCUGUGCUCAGUCAAGCCUCAACGCCCCAGGGAGAAACUGUGCAGCAGAGAGAGGAAGGGAGGGGCCGAGAUAGAACAAGGGAAGAGAGAGUGAGAAUGACAGAACAAGGGAAAGGAGGAGAGGGGAUUGUGGGCAGACUUUUUUGUCACCCUCGCUCUCUCUCUCUCUCCCUGCCCCUCCAUCUCUCCCUGUUUCUCUCUCUAUCCCUUUCUACUCCCCCCCUCUCUCUCUCUCUCUCUCUCUCUCUCUCUCUCUCUCUCUCUCUCUCUCUCUCUCUUCUCAUCCCCCCAUUCUCAUUGAAGAGUGAGGGAGUGAAGGAAGGAGAGAUGCGAGGUGGACCAAUCUUUAUUACAGCAGUUUUAUUCAUGCUGUUGACACGGUGUGAUAUCAAUGUAUGACCAGCGGAGUGUGGCAGACUGCAUCGUCUGGGAAAGGACAGCCGCUCCGACGCUCAAUACUCCUCCUCUAAUGUCUACUCUUUUUGUUUUGUUCAUCAUAACCCCCCCUCCCUUCUGAUAUCUCUCCAUCCCUCUCUCGCUCUCUCUCGCUCUCUCCUUUUUCUCGAGGUUAGAGCGUUGGGCCAGUAACCGAAAGGUUGCUGGUUCGAAUACUGGAGCCAACAAGGUGAAAAAUUUUUUAUAAAAAAAAGCUGUCUCUGUGCCCUUGAGCAAGGCACUUAACCCUAAUUGCUCCAGGGUUGCUGUACAAUGGCGACCCUGGCCGUGACCCCUCCUUCUGUGCGUCUCUCAGGGGGAGUUGGGAUAUGCAAAAAAAAAACAUUUCCAUUACACACUUGUGUGUAACAGGACAAAUAUAAGCAUCCCCCAAAUUAUAAUAAUUUUUCUGUCCUCCCUCCCUCCCUCCCCCUCUCAUGUCGUGCUCUGCUUUGAUAGAAACAGGUCAUAUGAGACCCCUGUGACAUUGAGAGGCUGAAAUUGCCACGAACGCCUGCGUUUCACACACUGUCAUGCGUGCGUGUGCAUACGUGUGUGCGUGCGCGAGUGCAUGUCCUCUCAAAUUUAUAUUCCUUCUGUCAGAGCGAUUCCGUUCAUACCCCGGGGGUCUUUGUUAUCCUAAACUCUAACCUCGGCCUGACAUGAAACCCAGCCCUGAGAUAACAUUGUAGUCACCGCGAUAAGGACACGGCCUUACACUAGACAACCUUAUUCCCUAUCUAGUGCACUACUUUUGGACGCUCCGUAGUAGUAGUAGUAGUGCACGAUGUAAGACAUAGGGUGACAUUUGGGACGCACCCCUGCUCUAACAGUGAGGCCUUUUUAAACAGGCAAUUUGGAAGGACUCCUGAAAUGGGAUGCUUGAACGAGGUGUUGACCUGUACAGGUUUGGGGUCCUGUAUUUGCAAUGUAGCAAAAAUAACGCAGCUUUAUAUUGAGCGGUUCCAGGGCCCUCGUACUUUGGCACCGUCGAGGGGGCUAAUGGGGUAUUGAUUUCAAGAUGCGUCCCAUAUGUUUUCUCACACCCCUCCAACACCACGUCAUUCUCACUGUUUAAAUAGGACAUUAUAUAUAAACAGUUCUCUCAAAACCAUGGUUUGAUUUAUGUCUCAAGGCUUUCUGGCAAAACUUAGACUGAGCCUUCCUAAAUUAGCUAUUUAUUUUGUCAAAGAAUCCUAACAUGUGGAAGGAAACAGUAUAGUUUGUUAUACCAUUGCUGACCCUUAUAAUUUGGAGAGAUGUAAUGUUAUAAUGGUUAAUUAGAUGCUACUGUCUGGUUUCUGCUCAUCUUGAUAGCAUUUUUAGCCAGAUAUAUUUGCUGUAUGGAAUGAUUUUUAGUAUUAUCCGGUUGAUAUUAGAUUGAAUGUCGGUUAACUGUUGAAUUAUUUUAUUUGUGCCUGUGAUCAGAAUCAUUUGAGAACAUAAAUAUCUAUUUGAUCUGCUAACAGUAUAUCAGCACAAUGACAUGUUACUGUAUGAUGCAUUUCUUCUGGUUCCAAUAUGUUAGAGGAUUUAGCAUCACAUAAAAGAUUACACAUCACCAACCCCCUCUUGUAUAGUUGAGUGGUUAUGGGUAGCAGUUGGCUAGAAUAGUACUUUUAUAAGUGUAAGCCAAAUCUAUGGCGUAAUAAUGAUUCUACAAUAACCAUUUCCCAACACAUACCGAAUCUACAUUCUUGAUGAACAACAGAUGAAACCCUUAUCCAAGAUUAAAGUCUCCCAUAUUCUCCUCUUUGAAGCAGUAACACUAUCUAACUCCAUCCAUUGCUUAUUCUAAUCUCAUUCCCAUUCAAAGUCUAAUUAAAAACAACGAUAGCAGCUCAUUUAUCCGACCGCUCGUCAAAGUGCUAUUCGCAGGCACCGCCUGAACAUAUUAGCCCAAUCGGUGGCUUUCACUCGAUCAGGGCGCUCCUCACCGGGGACGGCCCUGAUGUACGACGCUGUCACCACCGCUCUAUUGUACCGCCCUCCUCGCCGCGCAACGCUCUCCACCCGGCGGUAAUUUACAGCAGUAAACAAUGUAGAGUGUAGAUCUCUCUCUCUGUCUCUCUCUCUCUCUCUCUCUCUCUCCUCUCUCUCUUCUCUUCUCUCCUUCUCUAGUCUCCUGUCUCUCUAUCUCUCUGUCUAUCGUAUCUCUUCUCUUCUAUCUUAUUCUCUCUCUCUGUCUCUAUCUCUCUCUCUCUCUCUAUCAUCCUCUCUCUCUCUCUCUUUCCUCUCUCUCUCUCUUCCCCUCUUUUCUUUUAUUAUCUUGCCUCCCCCCCCCCCCCCCCUCCCACCCCCCUCUCUCUCUCUCUCUCUCUCUCUCUCUCUCUCAUUGCUCUGCACUCAGUCUCUUUUUAUUUUAGAUUCGUCUUCCAGCCUUUUCUUUUUUUAAUGAGCUCUACGGUUAUUACGGCAAUAAAUCAGUCCAAUCGUUGUACUGUAUAAUUCAGUGUGUGUACUCCCACCCCCAGUAGCCCUGGGUAAGCCAACAGUGUGUCACUGUCAGCAUAGCCCAGCACACUGUGUCGGCAUGAGGCGGUGUGUGUGUUGGUGUGUGUGUGUUGGUGUGUUCCUGUUCUUUUCCAGUUGUUCGAGUAUAAGGAAGGUAAUUGGGUACGGUCUUGAAUGGGUGCACCCUUGGAUACAAUCAGACACACACACACACACACACACACACACACACACACACCAUUACACCCACCCGACACAGUAACAGCAGCAUCAGAUCAAUAGCCUCUCCCCUGCCUGGACGAGGCCUCCCAUGACAGCACUAUGAUAUGAGAGAGGGCCUAUCGAUCCACCAGCCAGUGCUUCAUCUUCAAAAGGCCAUCAUUCCAUUACCAUUGAUCAGAGAGGAGGUGUGUUUGGAGCGAGGGAUGAAGAGGAGGCUAAUAAAAGACUAAUAAAAAUGUAAUGGGUAAAAAAGUGAUUUCUAAAAAUGAGCAUUUAAAUAAUAAGCCAGGCUCCGGCGGGUAUUGGUUUCUCUGAGAUCAAUGGAAAAUUAAUGCAACUGAUCAAUUUUUUAGACCCACAAUGGCGUCUGCGUCUCCUGACCAGUGUAUUAGCUACAGAUUAAUAAAAAAGGAAAAAGGAACCUCCCGGCCCUUGCUAUUGAUGUUCCUAGGCCUCCUUUCAUCGCAACACAUUCGUUCUCUCUGACAGACUAGCCGCAGGGGGUUGUGUUUCAGGGCUAUGAAGUGAAAUGCACUCUGUUGGAAUGGAUUGAUCUUCAAAACAAAACAGCAUCUAAUAUUCAUUCGACGAAUGCACAAAGGUUACCAAUAUCAUUUGAAUAUAUAUGCCCUGGGUUUGAAGCAAUGUCUGCUCUCUCUGAAAGCUAAAAGAGUUCAAUGUACUGUGUUAUAAAAUGUUUCUUUCUUCUUUUUGUACUGUCACUCUUUCUCUCUAUCUUUUAUCUCUAUCUCUCUAUCCAUUUUUUUGUCUAUCAGUCUCUCUAAUGUUGUAAUAACGUUGUAAUAACAUUUUACGUUUCUUACUCCUCACAGCCCAUUGGUGCCCUGAACCCCAAGAGGGCGGCGUUCUUCAACGACCGCUAUGAAUCCUGGGAGGACGACCAGGUGCCCAAGUUCCACUACGGAACCCACUACUCCACCUCCUCCUUCACCCAGAUGUGGCUGCUGCGCAUCGUAAGUUACCUACCCCCAAUUAUACCCAAACUAUAUCCACCCCACCUACACCCCGGUAGCCUAGCGGUUAGAGCGUUGGGCCAGUAACCGAAAUGUCACUGGUUCGAAUACCCGAGCCGACAAGGUGAAAAAUCUGUCGACGUGUCCUUGAACAAGGCACUUAACCCUAAUUUGCUCCAGGGGUGACCGUACUACUAUGGCUGACCCUGUAAAACAACACAUUUCACUGCACCUAUCCGGUGUAUGUGACAAUAAAAUGCCUCGCUUGUAAAGAUAACUUGCCUUUUUGACACAUUAACAUUGCUAAAGACUUCUUUUGACCUCAAUGGUUCAACCUGGUACAUUUUAAGGUUAAAUGAAAAUACUAAAUACCACCACGAAAAAUGUGUAUAGAAUAGGAUUUUAUAUCAACUGUUUCAUGUAAAACAUGAGAAAAUAGGCCUACAUUUUUGUCACUGUUUUAUGAAAAACAGAUUACAUUUAGAAAUGAAUACAUUAUAGUUGCCACAAACCCGUCAUGUUGAAAUAUUUACUAAAUAUUCAUCAUUAGACAUGGAGCACACCUCAUUGCAGCUAAUUGUUGUUUUAUAAUUGGACACGGACGCAUAAAGAGUCGGGUUGAUUUAUGUCAUAGUGAAAUAUAGGCCCGAUCUACAUGCAAACUUAUGCACAGAGGAUUGUCCCUGGCUCGCCAUGGUUAUUUAUUUACAUGUUGUGCUGCUCGUAAAACAGAGAAGUAGCACGCCGAAGCAAAAUUCAUCAUGUGUCGGAUUUUCUUUCUGUGUGUCUGCUUUGCAACAUAAGAGGAACUCUGAAAUGAUUUUUAUUUGUAAUAAGUUCAGCAAUACGUAUUGAAUUUAGCUUUGUUUAGUGAGGGGCUAUUAUUCUGUAAUCAUUUUUUACGUCUGCUGCUGAACUACUCAAUCUAAAGCUUUCAUUAAGUUAUCUUUCUCCCACGUGAUCAUUUUGAUUGUGUUCUGUUAUAUUGAUCACUGUAUGAAACCCUCAUACUGCCAAUAUUAGAUACCAUCACUCUUUCUAUACCAACUACGGGGGACUGUUCUACCAUAGAGGGAGGGGUUCUAACCUUCUCCCAGAGCCCUUGGAUUGUCCUGUAAUUGUCCCAGUAGCUCCCUAUGGAAACAACCAUUGAUCCCAUCACAUCAUUAGCUGGCUUAUUGCUGGCUUAUUUUAAAUCCACUUUACCAAAAGCCCUUCAAUUCAAGUGUCAACGUAUGGACGGGAUAGGAAGACCAAAUGAACACUAGGACAGACCUUAAAAGGCCUGGGCCUGUAUUCAAAUCAUCUCAGAGUAGGAGUACUGAUCUAGAAUCAGGUCCCCCCCUGUCCAUAUUAUCGUAUUCAUUAUGAUCUAAAAGGCUAAACUGAUCAGUACUCCUCCUCUGAGGUCAUUUUGGUCUCUGUCCUAAUUGUCCAUGUCAUUUCCUGUGUCGUUGUAGUAGCGUUAGCCUGGCUAAUUGUGUCCUUCUCACUUGGGGGCUAUUGUUUCGGAGGGACAGUCUAUUGAUCGACACAAGCAAGAUUUAAGCGUGAUUAGAAACGCACCAAUAACACAACUCUAUAGGCUUUACAGUCACACAGUGACGCUUGCCGUUCACUUAGUUAAUUUCAGCGGUUUGUGACAAGAAAGUGUCAAGUAGUCAGACAAUCUGUCGCCAUUGCAUUAAGGGUAUUAGGUGUAAGAUAUUACCUUAAAAAGCAAUUUACGUAAAUGUAAUGCUAGAUUUGAGUGUUGUUGCAAGACAAGUGUUUUUUAGCCAAUAGAAAAUGCUAUUAUUUAUUGGAAUAUACACAUUGAACUGCAGUACAUACACUGAGUGUACAAAACAUUAAGAACACCUGCUCUUUUCAUGACAUAGACUAUCCAGGUGAAAGCUAUGAUCCCUUAUUGAUGUCACUUGUUAAAUCCACUUCAAUCUGUGUAGAUGAAGGGGAGGAGACCGGUUAAAGAAGCCUUGAGACAUGGAUUGUGUAUGUGUCCCAUUCAGAGGGUGAAUGGGCAAGACAAAAGAGUGCCUUUGAAAGGGGUAUGGUAGUAGGUGCCAGGCGCACCGGUUUGUGUCAAGAACUUCAACUCUGCUGGGUUUUUCACGCUCAAUAGUUUCCCGUGCGUUUCAAGAAUGUUCCACCACCCAAAGGACAUCCAGCCAACUUGACACAACUGUGGGAAGUAUUGGAGUCAACAUGGGCUAGCAUCCCUAUGUAGCACUUUUGACACCUUGUAGACUCCAUUCCCUGACUGAUUAAGGCUGUUCUGAGGGGGUAUACUCAGUGUACACAUUCAGACUACUUUUUCUAUAGUAUAAAAACUUAAUCAUGAGGAUGUGGGGUCAACUGUCAUGUCCUCUUCUCCUUUUUCUCAAAUGUACACUACAGCGUCACAGCACACCAUUAGCAGGAUAUGUGGAUAAAUUAUCGUUCUCUCCUUCUUCUUCUCUCGUUCUCUUCUCUCGUUCUUCUUCUUCUUCUCUCAUUCUUCUCUCAUUCUCUUCUCUCCUUCUUCUCUCGUUCUUCUUAUCUCAUUCUUCUUCUCUCGUUCUUCUUCUCUCAUUCUCUUCUCUCCUUCUCUCGUUCUUCUUCUCUCGUUCUUCUUAUCUCAUUAUUCUUCUCUCGUUCUUCUUCUCUCAUUCUCUUCUCUCCUUCUUCUCUCCUUCUUCUUCUCUCCUUCUUCUUCUCUCAUUCUUCUUCUCUCAUUUUCCAGGAACCCUUCACCACCAUGUUCCUCAACUUCCAGGGAGGGAAGUUUGACCACGCUGACCGCACCUUCUCCUCCGUGUCCCGAGCCUGGAGGAACUGCCAGAGAGACACGUCCGACGUCAAGGUAGCAACACACACAUACACACAGCCACACACACCAAAUACCACACACACACACAUACACGCAAACACACACACUGCCGCCGCCUCCUCACAGUGGAGUUAGCUGCUGAAAGACAGACAGUGUAUCAGCUAGAGAGGGCCUCUGCAGUCUGCACACUCCUCUGGACGUUCACACACACCGAGACCCUCAACACCUCCAGACCCUUCAGCAGCCUCCCAGUGUGAGGAGAAGCCAACACUGUCCAGACCCCAGGAGCCAGGGAACAUACUAGUAUAGGAGGAGGGGAUGGUAUCAGUCUCUAAAGACGGGUUACCUUUUAGUUGUGAUAGAAGUGUUUUGAUAAAAUUAUGGUUUUCUGUGUGGAAAUAAACACAUUUUAGUUUGUUUGUUAUUGAUGGAUAUCUAUUGAUUUAGAUAGUGGAAUCAGAUUUUGCAUAUAAGAAUAUGUUGUUAAUAUGCUCUUCAAAGCUAGGGGGUCAAAUGUCAACAUUAUCUUCCAAACAUAUUCCAAACAAUCAACGUUCAAAUUACACCCUUUUCGUUGAAUUAGCCUAAAGCCUUCUCAAAUGCCCCUCUCAUCACCGGAGAGAGAAAGUGGCUAAUCAAAUGAGCAAACAAACACACUGGGCUAAAAACAACAACCCCACUUCCUCACAUCUAAAACCUCUCCACUCCACAAAACCUGACCUCAAACUGAAGGUCGGCCAUUUUACGAGGCCUCCGGCUUCCAUGGGGUCGACCGGGGGAGGCCUGGUGUAAAUUUGUCCAGUCUGAGGUGGCGGCACGGGGGCCGGUGGUCCCCUUCAUCCCCUCACCCCCCAUGGCCCCUCUUAACAAGGUGGGGUAAAUACGGGGGGCUACCCCGCUUCACCCCUCUGCUAAACUCUCUGCCCUGGUCCCACCAUUAUGUGCAGUGGCCCCUGCUCUGCAGUGGUCAGAGGCCAGCCUCUGUGAUCCCCAAUCCUGUCCUGUCACGGGUCACUGCAGGGGCCGCAGCCCCAGGCCCCCCUCCCCCCUAGUACACUUCAACAGUGCACACACACUGACACACACACACACAUACACACAGCGAUGCCUUUGGGCUAAGGCAAAAGGUCAGGCGGGGUCAGGGGAUUGUGGCCGGAGGUCAUCACAGUCUCUCCUACGCUACAGACAGACUGGACUGGGGGCUUUAACCUGUUAUCACCCCUCCAUGCACUGGGAUACAAAACACACUAAGACUUUUACCCCUUCAGAAGGAAUAGAGGGGUUCUUAGAGUUUCUUACAAUAGUCCUGAAGCUAAAGCUAAAUGGUAUACUUAGCAUGCUAAAUUGAUACAUCUCAUUUGUAACUCCUCUUUGUUAACAAGGUGAAUGAGAUCAUCCAUGCGAGGAAAGUCGCCAGAAGGUUAUUUUGACUGAGCUAAACUAAACUCAACAUGGAAGCCGUGUUAUUGAGUGCAGGGUUGAGCCUGGACCUGUGUGUUUUGAUGUAGAGUGGAGCUCUUGUGGUUGAUCCACUGUGACAGGUCUAGACUGAGACUAGAUUCUCUCUCUCUCUCCCUGGGCUUUCGCAAUCAAGUGUUACCGGUAAUGCGAGCCAUAUGUUUCAUCAUUGGAGGCAAAGUGCAAUCAACCGUCAACUCCUUCCAACUCCCCCAGCCACCACUCCACCCGACCCAGGCCAAAAGAGCAGGCCAAGUCUACAUUUGAAACAAGAUGGCUGCCUGUACUCAUAAAUGUUUUAAGAGCGUGGGUCACUUGUUAAAGAGGAGGGUUGGGGCCUUAGAGACCCAAACUGUAGAUGAGGAUUGGUCUGACCUGCCAUAGACCCAAAGCCCAGUGGAGAAGGGGCCCAAUGGGCCAAAGGUUCAAUUCAAGGUUGACUGAAGUAGCGGAGGAGGCAGGGAGGAGACGGGGCAGCGGGGGGAGGAGGCGGGGCAGCGUGGGGAGGGUAGAAAUCAGGAUUAGUUUGAACCUUUGAUCAGUAGUCUCUGAAGCUUUCAUGGUAGUAUGACAUGGAUUGGUAGUGAUGACCAAACAUGUGCUUGGUUCUUUCUCUCCUGACUGACCUCCCCUCAGGUCCAUCUGUAGGUUUGGAUAUGUGGUUAUGGACUGACACAGGGUGUCUCCCUGGCUAGCUACCGCCCCAUGCCUCGGGUUACCACACACACAACACAUCUAGAGGAAGUGAACUCACUGGCUUCCUGUCUAAUCAUGUAUUUGUCUCCAUACUGUUGGACGCAGUGAGGACUGUUCUCAGGUCUGAGCUUGAUUGAUGGAUUGAUAGACAGUCUUCCAGGGAUUCUGUGUGUGUGCGCGUGUGUUUUGCGUGCAUGUGCAUGCAUGCGUGCAGCCUUUACAGAACAUCCGAUCACAUGCGCUGACCAGUUCCCAGCCACUCCUACCUGUAGCCUCUUUGCCAUUAUGUAUUUGCAUGUCAGGUUGUCAUACACAGCCGUGUCACAAGAAGACAAGGACAUGACAGAUGGGUGUUGACUCUGGUCUAGUCAUCCCUGAUGUCAGAAUGUCACCCUGUCUCUGUCUCUCUGUCCAUCAGUACAGUGACCAGUCAGCAGGCCCAGUCACACUGUGUUCUGUCAAAGAGUUCAGGGUCUUGUUCAUUAAGUCAUACCGUAGCAAAACCUAGGCACUCCGUUUCGUACGUUUUGUGUCAACUGUACACUUCCCAGGAGACGGUUUAACUGGCUCAACUCUAGUCAGACAGAACUGGGUUGUGUUCAUUAGGGUUAGGGUUACACACACUGUAGCAAAACGUUUUGCAACUGAAAAAACCCAAGUGUUCCUUAUUGGACUAGUUCCGUUUCGGACAAGUAGUACCUCCCCAUCUCACUCUGUUUUCGUACGUUUUGUGCCAACUGAACACGACCCAGGAGACAUUACAAGACAACAGCUCCUCAGGCUAUUUUAUUAGGAGUCACUCACUCACUCACUAGCUGUUGUUUUAUAGUGGAAUAAAAUUAAGAGUUAUACUUCUAUUGUGGCUUGAGUCUUCAUAAUUGUGGUGCUCUGUUUAUGUAUCUGUCAUAUGCUAGCUUUGGAUGUAUCAUUUUGAAAUACGAGUGCUCGGUCCAUGCGUAAAUCCAUUGUUCAAUUCCCUGUUGUGGAAUAUGGCAGUAGUUAAUGUUUGACACUCGUUAUGUUGACUGGUAGGUUCAGUAUAUCAUAAGGGGGAGAUGAACGCUGAUUAAGCACUCGAUUUACAUUUGGUGUCAUGCUAUUGUUUCUUCAACAUAUCAGGAGCCGCCAGGAAUUGGGUUAAUUCAACACAUGCUUACAUUGACCAGUCUCGCCAGUUAGUUACCCUUGCCCACACACACUCCUAACGACAUUAGUGUUUUAUUUAUGUUUGCGGGAUGGCAAAGAUUUAUCAGGAUAUGUUUUGGUUCACCCCAUAAUCUAAACAUUUAUGUCUUUGUAUAUGAAGGCAUUUCAUACACAUUGAGGCUGAGCUAUGGUUUGUUAGAAAUGAAGCACGGUUUCAACAAAAGUUGAUAUCCUCAAGGUCUUAACAUUUGAGCUCUUCAGUUUACACAAACGUUAAUGUUUUUUGGGCCCAUCUUUCAAUAUCAUCAUUCUAUAACGAAGUAUUAAACUGUGCACAGACACACAAUCACAUUCUGGUGAGUUCUGUGGCCUGUCGUUCAUUCUACUCCUACAUAACAUCCUUUGAGAAGCAUAGAAAAUAGAAUAUCAUAUUGGAAACCCCAGUGCGCGCGCACACACACACACACACACACACACACACACACACACACACACACACACACACACACACACACACACUAGGUUUUGAUGCCUUUUAUCAGAGUGCCUGCCUGCAGUGUGGUAGCAGACAGGCAGCAGAUGAGCAGUCUGAAAUGUAAUUUCCAUGAGUAAUGGCACAGCUCAAGUGUUGCGACUAGCGUCUGACUAGCUGUCUGAGGGACGACAGUGGCAGUCCCAGAUUAAAGGACCUUCCGCUCACACGCACGCACACACACACACACACACACACACACACACACACACACACACACACACUCAUAUCUCCACUUGCAUUCUAAAUGUACUUUACACAGUGGCUUCUCUCUCUCUUUCUUUCUUUCUUUCUUUCUGUCUUUCUUUCUGUUAAUUAACUAUCUCUGUAAACUGUAGCUUCACACUCUGAAGGUCAAAGUCCCCUGUUCUUUAUACCUGGCUGUCAUGAUGUGGAUACUCUGUAGUCACAUAUUCUAGUGUAGUGUAACACACACUGGGACUGGAGGCUUUUAUCUCAGAGGAUCUUAGCAGUAUUAUUCAAAUUAGAAAAUGGCUUACUGUAAUAGUGUUCUCCCUAAUUAACUAAAAGUGUUCAUUUAUUGAUAACAAAUAUUAGACAAAACUAUUCUAGAAUGUACUAUUUACACUAACAGUACAUGAACAUUAAAGCACUUUGUGAAAGGACGGUUCAGGUUGCCUCUAUAGUGUGAAUUGGGCGUUAAUGUCCCACUUCUUCUUCUGUCUGUCUGUCUGUCUGUCCAGGAGUUGAUCCCAGAGUUCUACUACCUCUCUGAGAUGUUUGUAAACGCCAACAACUACAGCCUGGGAGUGAUGGAUGAUGGGACUGUGGUGUCUGACGUAGAGCUGCCGCCGUGGGCCAAGACCCCCGAGGAGUUUGUACGCAUCAACAGACUGGUACGUCACACGCACAUAUGCAGUUAUGCACACACACACACACCCACACACACACAUAAACACACACACACACACACCCACACACACACAUAAACACACACACAGCACUGUCUUCCUCACAUGUCAUCAAACCACUCCUCUGAAGCCCUGUCAAGUCCCUACCCCUCCUCCAUGCUAGGCUAGUUUAGCAGGAAAUGCUAAUGAAAAGAGACGGUGAGAGAGUGUUAUUUCCUGUCCAGCGCCGUUCCCUUCCUGUUACCUGAGCCUCCUGCUCCUCUGACAUGGCUCUGUCUUUGGUAACUCUGCUGGCAAAGCAAUCUCACAUUUCUCCAAGGGGUUAUUGAGGAGGAUGAUGUAGUGUCCUGUUUCUGAGCUCUCCCUCCUGUCCCCAAGCACACUAGACCUGUGUAUAUUUAGUUGAUGUCAGAAUGACUGUCAUAGUUUUAUAGCACCGCAGUGACUGCAGUCGCCUCCUACACACACGGAGAAGCAGCAGAGAUUGUGCUCAAGAUUAGAUAUCUCCUCUCUCCUGUUUCAGAAGUUCCAGAAGGUCAAAAAGCUCCAUAUUUUUGUGGUGUCAUGCUCAAACUGUUUAAACCAUUGCGUUGAGAAUACUGCGCUGAAGAUUGUGAAAUAAUGAACGUCUCAAAUAGUCUAAUGGCUUCCUCCCCUCUCUCCUUUCCCGAAACAAGGAUUCACAUAAACCACUUCCGACGAUUGAGAUGCUCUCCCAGAUACAUAUUGCAGAGCUAGUAACCAUCAAGCUGUCCAGCCCUGCCAUAUGGUUUGACGAUACUACUACUGGCAUGUCUUUUAGGACCUAGAUACUUCCGACCUCUCUCCAGUCUCUGCCCAGUGGUGGUAAUGAGUGCUGAUGAGGUAACAGGGAAGGCUGUGCUGUGGUGAUCAGGCUGUGCUCUGUGACCUGUGUCGUGAUGUUAAUCAGGACGCUGAUAGGACCCAGCCCCUGUCAUUAAUCACACAACCUGAGGUGUGACACACCAACGCCACAGAGAUGGCUUUUGGGGGGGGGGGGGGGGGAGUUGUUUCGGGAAUCACUCAGACACACAUACACACAUUGCUGUCGUCGAUGUACUCACACACAUGCACAUAGACUCAUUGCCACACACUCACAGAUGGACAGACCUGUGUCUGACACAAACACACACACAAACACAUAAGCAUGUACACACACGCAUUUCCCACAUUUCCUUCCAGCUGGGUAUGCUAUCCCCAGUCAGAUGGCCUGGCUGUGUGGUGAUUGGACAGUUGGACAUAGUUCUGCUACAGCAGUGUGUGUCCUGCUGUUCUGAUCUACAGUGUGCUACCGUCUAGUGGACAGAUGAUCUAUAGAACAGGCUGUUACUGCAGAUGGUACAGUAGGUAGGCGGACCACUGGAGCCUACAGCUAGUUAGUGACCAGGGCAGCGUUUGGCUGGCUGACAGUUUGACUGCCGUUAACUGGCAGUGCUGUAAGGUGCACUGCUCUGUGACACUGUCUGACUGCAGCCGUGGGGGGAUUCAGUGAAGGGGUCUUCACAUGAAACUCAGAUGUCCUUAGCACGUCUUAACGGUCCCCCUACCGCUAAGCAUAGUAGGAACUCCCAAUGUGAUUUAAGUUCUGAUCUCUUCCAUAGAGUAUCACUGAGCGUGGUAAUCAAAUAUGUUUCUUGCUGUGAUUCAACUAUUGUGUAUCCGUAAUGGUCUCGUUUCCCUUCACUGUAAUUCCCGUGGUGCUCUGCCCCCUCCAGUGCAGAGGCAAUUAUGCCCAACCUAAAACAGCCUCACACACACACCAUUACAGUGCAGAUCGAUCCAGCACUUUGUUUCUCUCCUCCACUGUGUGCCAAUCCAGCCGAUAUUGAUCCAUCCUGCACAGCAGAGCAGCUCAGCAGGUAGAGUAGAGAGCAGGUGGAGAGAGGGGAUGAGUUGAGGUGCUCCUAAUAAACACAGGAUCUCAGGGCUCAAGGCUUUGUGAGAGAACACACUGGAAGUAGAUCAAACCAUAGUUGAAUUUCAUUGCCUACUUAUUUUGGUAAUCUUUGUUACAUUCAAAUUCAACAAUUUAUAGUAUCAGUUGUUCUCAAUAGAAACAAUUAUGUAAUCUGCAUAGAUGAAGAGCAGUGUUUCAAUUAUCUGUUUAAACUAUCUGUUUUCACGUCUUUUGUCUGGACAUCUAAAUGCAUUUCCCAUCAAUAAUACCUCAGUAGGAACAGAAGUUCCUUUAGUUGAUGUGUUCCAGUGGGACAUCAUAUGGUGACGGAACAGAUAUUAUUGCCCACAGGGACAGAGCUGUCAGUAGUGUGUCUGUGGUGUCUAGAACAGCCCCACUCCCCAGCUGUAAUGGAAUAUCUGACAGGCCAACACACCUGGAGCUACUGAGACAGACUGUCCCUCAGGAGAACAAUGAAAGAUAUUGUUCUCCAUCUUGCUAAAUGUUAUUUCAAAUGCCAUUUCUUUAAGACUGUGUUGUGUGUAGGCUAGAUGUCACAGCAGGUUUCCCUUUACAGUUGUCGAAAAAAACAGAGGAGGACAUUGACAUUGUAUCAAAAACACGUAGGUGUGUCACAAGAUCAAUUACAACUCCAAUAACAUGGAGAAUGUCCACCGAAAGAGAAAGGAAUGCAAGUUAGUUUUGAUCUGUAAUGAACAUUGAGUGUCUUGAACGCUCCUGGGCAUAAACCCUCUCAUUCUAGAGAAGAGGCCCUCCUCACAUACUGCCACCAUUAGAGGAAUUUAGUCCCAUCACCCUGGGGAAGGGUGGGGGGAGAGAGAGAGAGAGAGACGGGGGGCGGACUGGGCUUCCCCUCAUGACUGAUAGCUGGCAUUAGAGGGUUCAGCUGGUUCCUGUAACAUUAUGAGAGAGAGAGAACGACAGCGGGAGACUGAAAGAGAUGAGCAGUGAGGGGUUGAGAAAUAGAGAGGCUGAGAUGAGAGGGGGAGAGAGAGAUGAGCGGACUGAAGGAGUUAAUGGGGCUGUUUGGCUCUUUUAGCUCGUUGUCUGCUCCUAAUGGCCCAGCAACACCAGUCACAGACAGCAGGAUGGAGGGAGGGAGGGAGGGAGUGGGAGGAGAGGGAGAGAGAGACUGAGUGCCAGAGCUGCUAUGCUCGUUAAGCACCAUAGAUGAUUAACAGCUAAUUAAAGCCCAAUCUGGGAAGGCCAUUAAACCCUCCACACGGUGAAGGAUUGUAGCGCCACGUAAAAUGGCAGGUUGUUUUUCCGUU